AUGCGAACGCCAAGAGUCGUGACCGUGGAGCUGGACCCCGUGAAUGCGGUGGUGGCCAAGACAUUCCUGCUGAUGGCCGGCCUGUCGGCGGACGUGGAGGUGUGGCCUGGCGGGAGCGCGGGCGUCGCGGACGAGCUCCUGGCGCGCUUCGGCCCAGGCUCGGUCGCGAUGCUCUUCAUGGACCACCGCGGCAGCCUGUUCCACGAGGAUCUGCGCAGCUUCGAAGACGCUGGGCUGUUGGCCGACGGCGCCGCGGUGGUCGCGGACAACGUGCUGAAGCCGGGUGCGCCGCAGUUUCUCUGGCUCGCUUCCCGGAGCAGAUCCCUUGAGGCUCGCUUCCUGCAGGUGCCAGAGUUCGGGCUGGGCCACCAGGCGCUGGAGGACUGGAUGGCGGUGUGCCGCUUCCGCGCCAGGGCCGGCGGGGCGUUGGGCCCCGAGGCGACCGAAGCGUGCCCAGCCGCCGUCGUCCGCCUGGCCCGACGCUGCGACGAGAUGCGGCGUCUCACUCUGGUGCGGCGAGGCGGGGUUGGCAUGGCGGAGUGGGCUGCGCACUCGGCCGAGACGAAGGCGGCGCUGCAGGCUCUUGGCAUCGGCGCCGACGUCCCCGACCUCCCACUGAUGCCAGGGUGA